UUACGCGAUACUACGGCAGUUUUAUUUUGAAGGGGUCAAUAUUCACUUCCAGUUGAAGAAGACAGGAGAAAGCCUGUGUGGCGUUUUAAACCUUUGAGGACAUGGCAGCCAAUGGAGCAAGCUGUGACCAGUCUCAGAAACGUGUGAGAGCGAAAGACAAACACAAUGGGAAGGCUAUGGUAAGAGAGAGACGACAUAAAGAUAAAGAGGAGCGAAUGUCACUGGUGUUAUGGAGAAGGCCAGUCACCACACUACAAUACUUUGUUCUAGAGACUUUCAUCAAGCUAAAGGAGUGGACGAUUAAGCUUUGGGAGCGACGAGUUGCAGUGUUGUUACUACUAGGGUCAUGUUCUGUAUUCUCCAUUCUCUACUCAAUGGAAGGAACGCACCAAUCGUAUGUUCAGUACCUGGAGAGGAAGUUCUUAUGGUGUGCUUACUGGGUGGGAUUAGGGAUCCUGUCUUCAGUUGGACUUGGCACUGGCCUUCACACUUUUCUUCUCUAUUUGGGUCCACAUAUAGCAUCUGUAACCUUGGCAGCGUAUGAGUGCAGCUCCACAGAUUUCCCAGAACCGCCAUACCCAGACCAGAUCAUCUGUCCUGAUCGUGGAGGGUUGGAGGAAAGAUUACAGGGUUUUGUCACAAGAGCAAAACUAGGAGUCCAGCAUAUAGUGCAGAAAGUGGGAUUCUUUGGGAUCCUAGCAUGUGCUUCAUGUGUGUGUUUCAGAUCCCAACCCUCUUUUGACUUGGCUGGAAUAACCUGUGGUCAUUUCCUGGUUCCUUUUUGGACAUUCUUUGGAGCUACUUUGAUUGGGAAAGCCAUCAUCAAGAUGCAUAUACAGAAACUUUUUGUUAUCAUUACCUUCAGUAAGCACAUAGUGGAGCAAAUGGUGUCACUCAUAGGAUCUGUGCCUAAAGUCGGUCCAUCGCUCCAGAAGCCUUUCAGUCAAUACCUAGAAGCACAGAAGAACAAGCUGCACCACGCUGGGGGCGGGGCAUCAGAGGACGACCACUGGCUGUCAUGGGUGUUUGAGAAGGUGGUGCUGGUCAUGGUUGCCUACUUCGUCAUUUCCAUCAUCAACUCCAUGGCUCAGAACUACGCCAAACGGCUGCAGCACCAGCAGCACAUUGAGGAGAAAACCAAGUAACGAGACAAAGCGACACAAUCAUCCACGUGACUGUUCUUACUCCUGCACUCAGCCUUAGUCACUUGAAACUUAACAACCCCCACCUGUGCGUCUGUGCACGGUCUGUCCCUCCUCAGAUUCUGUAGAUCUUAAUCUCAUCUCAGUUUUUUUGUGUGUACGUGUGCGUCAAACAGUUGGUUGCACUGCUGAUCUUAACAUGUUACUUUAACUCAUUGACCUCAGAGGUAAAGCAGCAGCUCGAUGGUGACUAGCAUCCUUGGGCGGAGCCUGAUAGACGCUAUGCCUUAUGCAAGACGGGAGGCGCCAGCUUCCCGUGAAUACAGUCCAUGACUUGUAACUUGAGUUUUAUUUAAUUUUUGUAACAUCUACACACUAAUGGAUCUUGGUUUGGUUUUUACACUGUAGUGUGCUGACAACUGCUUUGGUCUUAUUGGUUCAGGUUUUUAACUGUCCUCAUGGUUUUUGUUGUUAAACAAUAAGACCAUAGGACUUUAUUUUCUGGAAUAGUUGGAGGAGGGAAAAAUAAAGCAGCUGGAGGGGGAGAGUAAAAAAAAAGAAAAGCAAUAUCAUAUUAGGACAGUGAUAUUGAUGGCUUUGCACAUUGUGUAAAUAUUUUUCUUAUAGUGUGUGCAGAUUUAUUUCUAUUCUCAAGCUCUGUGGACAUGAAUCAACUUAAACCAAAACAACAAAAAAGUGACAUCAUUUGUAAAGUGAAAUUGUACUGUCGGGUAAUUAGUCCCAUUUCUAUUCUGUACAUGUAGGUCGAAGCUCGGAACAGAUGACAUAUAAAUCAUAUAAAUCACGGU